AUGCUGAUGGGCGAUCGUGUAGUUCCAAAAGCACGUUUCUUAUAUGGGUUUGAUAACUCAAUCGUUAUUACAAAGGGCGAGAUUGAACUAAGCACAAACGCAGAAGAGGUCAUCAAAAAAACAAAAUUUCAAGUGAUAGACACGGAUAUGGCUUAUAAUGUGAUUCUUGGGAGGCCGUGGAUUCAUGAUAUGGAUGUUGUGCCAUCCACAUUACAUCCGGUUAUCAAAUUCCCUUCAAAAUGGGGAAUUCAACAGAUUCGAGGAGAUCAACAAACUUCAAGGAGCAUCAAUUCGGUGAUACAGCCAAGUCAAAAAGAUACGAAUUCAAGUCCAAAAGAUACGAGUGCAAGUCAAAAAGAUACGGGUGCAAGUGAGAAAGAUUCUGUAAAUCCAAUUUCAACAGAAAUUAUAUCAAAACAAACAGACGUGGACUCCUCACCAGAUGUAAUUCAAGAGCCAGAGGAGAACGAAAAUAUUAAAAUAACGAUUGAGGAGCUUGAAGCUAUUCCACUAUUCGAACAAUGGCCAAAUCGAAGAAUUCAUAUUGAAGCAAGGUUAAACCCAGAUAGGAGAGUAUUGAAGAAGCAAAAUCAGUUUGAAUGGACUGAGGAAUGCCGACAAGCCCUCAAAGAUUUGAAGGCAUACUUAACAAAUCCUCGCCUACUGUCUAAACCAAGGGAUGGAGAAAGACUAUUUGUAUAUCUUGCAGUUGCAGAAGUAGCUGGGACUUACACUGCUAGAGAGGCACGAAUGCAACAAUACUUGAAAAAGGCACGAGAGCUGGUCAGGCAAUUUCAAUCAUGGAAGAUCGUGCAAAUACCCAGGGAAGAAAACGCAGAAGCAGAUACGUUGGUUAACCUUGCUUCAGUUGUAGGAGUAACGAAUGAAGAAAAUGCUAUUGUAAUACAUUUAUUUCAUUCAGCACUUGACCAGGAUAAACAUGAGUACGGGAUCGUACCUAGAGGCAAGAAAGAAUUUCAAGUGCUUCGACGAAAAUCUGCUCGUUAUUGCCUAAUUCGAGAUAAUUUAUAUCGAAAAAUGUUUGGCGGUCCUUUAGCAAAGUGCCUUGGACCCAAUAAAACGGAGUACGUGAUGAGGGAAGUACAUGAAGGACAUUGCGGAAAUCACGCAUGUGGAAGAUCUUUAGUUAAAACACUAAUCAGGGCAGGAUACUACAGGCCUAAAAUGGAAGAAGAUGCGGAAAAUGUUGUAGCCAAAUGUCAUAAGUGUCAACGAUAUGCCAACAAUAUUCAUCGACCUGCAAAGUUAUUACAUACAGUCAUUUUCCCAUGGCCAUUUAUGAAAUGGGGAAUGGAUAUAGUAGGGUAUUUAUCACAAGCUAAAGGAAAGGUAGAGGCAAGAGCUUUCAAACAAGUACGAGAAAAAGAGGUGAAAGACUUCAUUUGGCGAAACAUUAUAUGCCGGUUUGGAGUUCCAAAAGAUAUCGUAUGUGAUAAUAGCCCACAAUUUAUAGGCUCGAAAAUCACGGAGUUCUUUCAAAGUUGGCAAAUCAAACGAGUAACCUCUUCACCUUACCAUCCCGUGGCAAAUGGACAAGUUGAGUCAACAAAUAAGAUUAUCAUCAAUAAUUUGAAGAAUAGACUAGAAAAAUCAAAAGGGAAUUGGCCUGAAGAAUUACCAGGAGUGUUAUGGGCUUAUAGAACCACAACAAAAACAGCCACGGGAGAAACUCCAUUUUCGCUUGUGUACGGUUCAGAAGCUUUAAUCCCAGUUGAAAUUGGAGAACCAAGCACGAGAUUCAUAAUGGCAAUGGAAGAGUCGAACGAUGAGGAAUUAAGAACAAACUUGGACUUACUCGAACAAAGAAGAGAAUCAAUUUUAAUAUGGAUGGCAGCACAAAAGAAAAUCAUAGAACGAUACUACAACAGAAAGGCUCACCUAAGGUACUUCAAAAUUGGGGACUUCGUUCUUAAAAAGGUUUUCCAAUCAAUGAAAACAACCGGAGCAGAAAAGUUAAAUACAAAUUGGGAAGGACCCUAUAAAGUUCGAGGUAUCGCUGGAAAAGGUGCCUGCGAGUUAGAAACCAUGGAUGGCAAGGUUUUACCCUCAAGUUAG